AUGCUUAGCCGAGUCUGGGCGCUGGCGCUGGCUCUGAUGCUCCUGGCCCCGGGGCAAGGUUGGCGAGCUCAGGAGUGCUCUCCUGGGGGACACCAGUUUCUCCAGAGCCCUUACCGAAGUGUGCAUUUUGACUCAUUGCAUCUCCAGCAUUCUCCCUUUCAAGACCUGAUAUGUGACCAUUCCCUGUCCCCUGGAUGGUAUCGGUUUCUCAUCUUUGACAGACCUGCUGAGAUGCCAACCAAGUGUGUUGAGAUGAAUCACUGUGGAACACAGGCCCCCAUUUGGCUGUCCCUGAGAGAUUCAGAGACACUGCCUUCACCUGGAGGGAUCAAGCAACUGACAGCUUGUGCCACAUGGCAGUUUUUGUUUAAUGCUACAAAAGACUGCUGUCUUUUUCAAAUCCCAGUGUCUGUAAGAAACUGUGGGAAAUUUUUUGUAUACUUACUACAGCCCACUCAAGGAUGUAUGGGAUAUUGUGCAGAAGCUAUUUCUGAUGGAAAAUUAUACCCAUGUGACCCUGAUGAAAUUGAAAUUAGUGGUGACUGUGUUCGUCAGCUGCCUGCCUCAGUGCCACCACCGCCUCCAGGAAGGCCAGAAGUUGUGGUGGAGCUGAUUGAAUCCAGGCUUUUCUGUAGGUGUGCUUUUGAUGUUUCCCCUACAAACACUUCGGUGGGAUUUCUCAUAACUUGGUCUAGGCUUUCUUCUCAAGAAAUCGAAGAGGAGCUGAAGCAAGAGACCACAGUUCAGGCAUUCUCUCUUUUAGAACUGGAUGGAAUAAAUCUCAGACUUGGAGACAGGAUAUUCUGUAGUGCUUCCAUCUUUUUGUUGGAGAAUCCACAUGUACAAAGCUUAGCCAUCGAAAGCCAAGAAUUUUUUGCAGGCAUUAAGUUACACCCUGAAUUAAGUACUAUAUCAGAAGAUGGGAAAGAAUAUCACUUGAAGAUAGAGAGCACAAUUCCUGUCAUUUGUUCUGAAUUCAUUGAGCUUGACCAGAAAUGCAAAAUCUCAUUAAAACUGAAAACUGCUGAUCAAGGUAAAGAACAGCUAGGUUUAAAUUUGGCACUGUCUUCCUGUCACGUGGAGCUUCACCAGACGUCAUCCUGUGCUAAUGGAUCCUGUAGCCAUGCUUUUGUGUCCUACAGUGCUGUAACGGAUUUUUCUCGAGAUGGAGAUAGAAUCACAAACAUUGUAGUGGAACCUAUAGUAAAUGAGGAUUUCCUGUGGAACGGCUACAUUCCAGACAGCAUCCAGAUCAAAGUAAAGGAUGUCCCAACUGCUUACUGCUAUUCAUUUACUGACCCACAUAUAAUUACAUUUGAUGGCAGGGUGUAUGAUAAUUUCAAGACUGGAACCUUUGUGCUUUAUAAGAGUAUGUCACGUGAUUUUGAAGUCCACGUGCGCCAGUGGGACUGUGGAAGCCUUCACUACCCUGUGUCCUGUAACUGCGGGUUUGUUGCCAAAGAAGAAGGGGAUAUAGUGACUUUUGAUAUGUGCAGUGGCCAGCUACAUGAAUCACAGCCGUAUUUAUCUGUAAAGAGCCGAGAUGCAACCAGCAAUAUCAAGAUAAGUGAAUCUUACUUAGGAAGAAAAGUCACAAUCUGGUUUUCUUCUGGAGCAUUUAUCCGUGCUGAUCUUAGUGAGUGGGGCAUGAGUUUAACAAUUCGAGCCCCUAGCCUAGACUACAGAAACACUUUGGGACUUUGUGGCACCUUUGAUGAAAACCCAGAAAAUGAUUUCCAUAAUAAAAAUGGAACCAAAAUUAGUUCAACUUUUAAUAAUUGUGUUGCUUUUAUUAAUGAAUGGAGGAUUUUGCCGGGGAAAAGCAUGUUUGACACAAUGCCAAUUUCUCCACCAUCGCCUGGAAAACGAUCCUAUUGUAGCUGCUCACCGGACACUAAGUCAUUAUAUCCUUCUGAUCACCCGGACAGUGUUUCUCAACCUGAGAUUGUUUCAGGUUGCAAAGAUUUCAAACAUGUCACAUUCUCUUUCCUGAUACCAGAACUAGAUGUCACUUCUGAAUAUAUUAAUUCAGAAGCUCUUAUCAAAGGGAUAAAUGGAUAUACCUUUAAAGAAGAAAAUAAUUUGAAUUUCUUUCCUCAAGAAAAAAAGCAUGUGAACCUAACCAAACUGGACUUACAUUUACAAACAUAUCCUGGAAAUGAAAAACAAGACACACCAAACACUUCGGACAAUGGGAAACAUACACAGGACCAGGGUAGCCGUACCCAGGAGAUAAGGUGGGAGCCACAAAACAGAUGGAAACGGCAAAACAUAAAUUAUGAGUUUCUUCCUACGUUUGCUUUCCGAAGUCUCAGCCAAAGUGACCUAGAAGAAUUCACUUAUUUCUUCCCUGAGGACCAUUCUGAGGAUGUCCACCAAGAGUUUGUCCCCACAUGGCCCACACCCUCUGGGCUCACUGAAUACAGCACCUUGGCACUGUGCCAGCAGAUGCUUGCUAACUCCAGCAUAGGAAGACACUGUCUUGCCUUUCUGGGCAAGAGCCUAGACAGUGCUAUAGAUAUGUGUGUUAAGGAUGUUCUCCUAAAAGAUGAUCUCAGCUGGGCAGAAGCAGGUGUGGCCCUUUUAGAAAAUGAAUGUGAAAAGAGAAUUUUGGAAGAGGGGAAAUACAACACAGAAGAAUAUAUCAAGUCAAUUGAAGACAUUCUUUCAGUACUUAAAUGCCCCAAUUUAUGUAGUGGCAAUGGGCAGUGUAUGGACUGGGGGUGUGUUUGUUCUCCAGGCUUUAGUUCCUAUGAUUGCAGUGAUUCCCAUGACAAGGCUCCUGAGAUUAUAGGACUUGGGAAUGCUGGAUUCUGUAAUAUUCGAAAAUAUAAUUGUAUGGCAGUGAGAGUAUUUGGUCAAGGCUUCAAAGAAUCACCUUCAGUUAAAUGUGAAGUUACUAAACUGCAGUAUAAUAGCAGUAAAUGGGUUCUUGGAAAAGCCAUCUACACGCAUACUGUUUUUCAAAAUAGCAGAACUAUUGAUUGUCAGCUGCCCUCUGAUGCUCAGCAGGCUAAUUCCUUAGAUCUGAUGGGUGAGAAGCCAAUUGCGAAGUGGCAGUUAAAGGUAUCUAAUGAUGGUUAUAGGUUCAGUAAUCCCAAAAUUAUGGUCAUCUAUGAUGGAGCUUGUCAAGUUUGUGGUCUCUUUGGAAAAGACUCAUGUACUAUAAAGGAAAAUGUUUGCAUUAUCGAUGGACUCUGCUACAUUGAAGGAGAUAAAAAUCCUACCAAUUCUUGUUUGAUUUGUAGGCCAAAAAUUUCAAAAUUUACUUGGUCAUUUUUAGAAAAUAAUCAACCCCCACUGAUUCAAAUGCCACAAGACAAAUUACAGACAUUUCUCGGGGAGAACUUUGUGUACCAGUUCACGGCUGUUGAUCCAGAAGGCUCUGACAUCCAUUUUGCCUUGGAGUCCGGUCCUGAGGGAGCAAAUAUUUCCUCUACGGGACUUCUUAUGUGGAAAGCGGAGUCCCAGACUCCACAGAAGUUCACUCUACUUUUUAAUGAUGACUGCAAUGCUGAAACUAGGCUCACAGUUAUGGUAACUGUGAAGUCUUGUGCCUGCUUGAAUGGUGGAUCAUGUGUGUCAGAUACUAAAUCUCCUCCAGGAAAUGGAGCGCACCUAUGUGUCUGCUUGCCUGGCUUUCAGGGCAGACUUUGUGAAGUGGAUGUCACCGAGUGCCGAUCGAACCCCUGUGGCCUUGGCAGAUGUACUAGUGGCUUUCACAGUUAUUCUUGUGUCUGUCCGCCUGAACUCAAAGGCAAAAGUUGCCAGGAGGAUGUUGAUGAGUGUGAAUCCAGGCCUUGCUUUCCAGGAGCAGAGUGCUUCAAUACCUUUGGCUCCUAUCAUUGUGGUUCAUGUCCAAAAGGAUUUUAUGGUGAUGGAAAGAUAUGUCAUGAUAUAAAAUUUCCACCACCAGCAACAGAUCAUUCACUGAUUGGUGCUAACUUUACCCAGGGUCCUACUACUGUCAAGUUCUUCAACACAACCAGUGACAUCUCACACUUCUCAUUAAAAUCAUUUACCUCUCAAAUGAAUAAUUCACAGAAAGUUAUUUCCCAUCAGAUGUCCGGUUUUGAACAUGUGGAUCAUACUAUCAGUACAAAUCUCAGUCUGGAGGAAUUGGGAGUUUCUGUGAACAACCCUAGUUCUUUAAGCAUUAACCCAAACAGUUCCCAUGGUGAAGCAAAGGAUGUCAUACAGAAUACCAUCCAAACAGAGGCAGGAGGGCACAGUUCUCAAAUUAACAGGUCUGUCCAGGGUGACACGCAAUUUAAGGAUGGGUUUGCAUCAUCAGUUACUAGAGCCAUAACUGUUUUGCCUGAAAAGCCUGGAUGGACAAAAAUACCAACUUGUGCUGAAUCGCUUUGUUUUCGUGGUGUUUCCUGUGUGCCAACCACAGAUGGUCAGUUCCGCUGUGGACGAUGUCCCUUUGGAUAUUAUGGAGAUGGUAUACAUUGCAGAGCCAUUUGUAGACACCCAUGCGGGAAAAGCAGGGAGUGUGUUGCCCCAAACAUAUGCAAAUGUAAACCUGGUUACACUGGCUCUAACUGCCAAACUGCUCUAUGUCAUCCUGAUUGCAAAAACCAUGGAAAAUGUAUUAAGCCUAACAUUUGUGAAUGUCCCCCAGGGCGUGGUGGAGCAACCUGUGAUGAAGAACAUUGUAGUCCUCCUUGUCGACAUGGUGGCACCUGCCUGGCUGGAAAUCUCUGCACUUGUCCUUAUGGUUUUGUGGGACCAAGGUGUGAAACAAUGAUUUGUAACAGGCACUGUGAAAAUGGAGGUGAAUGUCUUACACCAGAUAUUUGUCAGUGCAAGCCUGGCUGGUCGGGACCUACUUGUGAUACAGCUUUGUGUGACCCCAUUUGCCUCAAUGGUGGUUCCUGUGAUAAGCCAAACACUUGUUUCUGUUCAAAUGGAUUCUUUGGUGCACAGUGUCAGAAUGCUAUCUGUCACCCUCCCUGUAAGAACGGUGGCCGCUGCAUGAGAAAUAAUGUGUGUGCCUGUCGUGAAGGAUACACCGGUAGGAGAUGCCAAAAAAGUAUCUGUGAUCCCAUUUGCAUGAAUGGAGGAAAAUGUGUGGGACCAAAUAUUUGCUCUUGUCCUUCUGGUUGGAGAGGGAAACAAUGCAACACACCUAUCUGCUUGCAGAAAUGUAAAAAUGGUGGUGAAUGUGUGGCUCCUGGUAUAUGCCACUGUCCUACCACAUGGGAAGGAAUGCAGUGCCAACUACCAAUUUGCAAACAAAAGUGUCAUUAUGGAGGCAGAUGUGUAUUUCCUAAUGUGUGUUCUUGUCGCAAUGGAUAUUCUGGACUGAAAUGUGAAAAGAAAGUACAGACCCAACGUCAUUAAUAUCAAGUACAUGGAUCACAAGCCUGUCUUAAGAAUGGAAUUUUUAUUUGGAAAAAGUUGAAGAUAACUACUUAAAGUUUAUUUGAACAUCAUUUUAAAAAUUAUUUCGAAGACUGAAGAAACUAAUGAAAUGUAGAAUGGUCUUAUCUGUCAUUGUUAGAAAAAAGCAAAGAAGAAAUUCAGGUAAUUUGAACUGACUUUGAAAUGUAAUUUGAUAUUUACAUAUUGAGAUGAUGCAUUUGAUAUUCAAGACAUUCACAUUAUCUAAUAAAUUGAGUAUCUCCCAAUCCUUA